CAUAAACCGCCCGGAAAAGUAAUUCAAAAACCGGUGGGGAAGUAAUCUCUUGUUUUCCUUCGUUUUCAUCAAUUUUUCUACCAAACCAAUCGCAGCUCCUUUUCUUCGAACUCCAAACAUACAACCGAUUUUCGGUGGGAGAUACGGUCUGAAUCGGUGUGCCAAAUCUCUUGGAGAAAACAUGUUCCUUGUCGACUGGUUCUAUGGAGUUCUGGCAUCGCUGGGUCUCUGGCAAAAGGAGGCGAAGAUCUUGUUCCUUGGUCUUGAUAAUUCCGGAAAAACUACCUUGCUACACAUGCUAAAAGAUGAGAGAUUAGUUCAGCAUCAACCGACGCAGUACCCGACGUCGGAGGAGCUGAGUAUUGGGAGGAUAAAGUUCAAGGCUUUUGACUUGGGUGGGCAUCAGAUUGCUCGCAGAGUCUGGAAGGACUAUUAUGCCAAGGUGGAUGCCGUGGUGUACCUGGUCGAUGCUUAUGACAAGGAGAGAUUUGCAGAGUCAAAAAAGGAGCUUGAUGCACUACUCUCAGAUGAAUCGCUGGCAAAUGUCCCGUUCCUUAUCCUAGGAAACAAGAUUGACAUACCUUAUGCUGCCUCGGAGGAUGAAUUGCGGUAUCAUAUGUGCCUAACCGAAUUCACCACGGGUAAGGGAAAUGUUAAUUUGAGUGACUCCAACGUCCGCCCCCUUGAGGUUUUCAUGUGCAGCAUUGUCCGGAAGAUGGGAUAUGGUGAAGGUUUUAAGUGGCUCUCUCAGUACAUCAAGUAGGCAAAACUUGCAGAGAGAAUAUAUAUUGUCUAUGGUAGUUGCCUUUGUUUUUAGCCGGAGUGUGUUUUCUACCUGUUUCUUUGGUAGCAUAGAUAAGCUGUGUGUUUUUUUUUCUCACUCUGUAUUGGUAUCUAAAUUGCAGAACUAAUAAAGGGAUUGAUGUUCAGUUAAGAAAUAGUAAUGUCUACUGAAGGUGAACGCUAAACUCCACAAUGCAAUUCAUUGGGGUUUCCCCUCUCAAUUUUAAUUGGGAACAAAAAUUUUGUGGUAUGGUCAA